AGACAACCAGUUUAGAAUGUCGAUCCUGGAACGCUUGGAGCAGAUGGAGCGGAGAAUGGCGGAGAUGACCGGAUCCCAACAGCACAAACAAAGCGUGGGAGGAGGCAAUGGAGGCGGAGCCAACAGUGGGGGGAGCCAAGCACAAUGUGCCACCGGUGCGGGAUCUAUAGGAAGCUGCUUUGAGAGUCGGGUAGUGGUGGUGUGUGAGAAGAUGAUGAGCAAAGCAUGCUGGGCAAAAUCGAAGCACCUGAUCCAUUCCAAGACCUUUCGAGGAAUGACGUUGCUCCACCUUGCUGCUGCACAAGGCUACGCCGCCCUCAUCCAGACCCUUAUCAAAUGGAGGACAAAGCAUGCUGAUAGCAUUGACCUGGAAUUAGAGGUGGAUCCUUUAAAUGUUGAUCAUUUUUCAUGUACUCCUCUGAUGUGGGCCUGCGCUUUGGGUCAUACCGAGGCUGCCGUAGUGCUGUAUAAAUGGGAUCGGCGGGCUCUCUCCAUUCCUGACUCUCUUGGUCGGCUCCCUCUAUCUAUCGCACGUUCCCGGGGACAUGUGAAGCUGGCAGAAUGUCUGGAACAACUACAGAGGGAGGAGCAAUCCCAGCUGGGGCACAACCCCCAGGUUCAGUGCUCUCCUACCCCGGAUGCCAAUGCAGAUAGCUGGCUAAGCCAAUGGCAGAGUGGGGCAAUCAGUGCUCAAGAGUCUCAGAAGGGAGUCACAGUUAUAUCAAAUAUCAACACAGAAUUAAGAAGACCAAGGUCCGAGCCCUCCAACUACUACAGUAGUGAGAACCCAAAAGAUUACCCUGCUGCUAAAAAACACAAAUUAAACCCUGAGUAUUUUCAGGCCCGACAGGAGAAGAUGAUUGCGACAGCUCUGAGCCUGGAGCAGCCAUCUUCCAGAAAGCAGAGCUCCGGAACCAAGCAGCCUUUGUUAGACACCGCUCACAGUGAGGAAAUGCGCCACUUCGCCAGGGAACUGCCGCAGCGCACCGCAAGAUGCCUCUGUCUACAGAGCUCCAAAGUGGAACCCCAAAGACCUGUACCUGGGGGUUUCUGCGGCACAGGUAACGGGAAGUGCAAAGGUCACAGGGCACGGGAAGGACACUAUGAGCCAUAGGCUGCGUCGGAGCGAGCAGAUGAACGUUUUGAUGAUGUCAGAGCGAGAAAUGGUAGACGCUGACCUCCUAGCCUACAGGGAGAACAUGGAGAACGAAGACUGCUUGCAACAUAUGGAUGACCUACAGGUCAACAUGAUGAAUUUGGCAGAACAGAUCAUUGAAGCAACUCCUGACCGCAUCAAGCGGGAGAAUUUUGUACCCAUGGAGUCCCCAUUGGUGGAGAGGGCAGACCCUGCUGCUUUUAGUACUACCAUGAGCUGGCUGGCCAGUUACCUCGCUGAUGUUGAUCACUUACCCAGUGCUGCACAGAUACGGUCGCUCUACAGCGAACCGCUGACACCUUCUUCGAACACCAGCUUAAGCCCUGCCUGCUCCCCUGUGAGUGAAACCACCUUUGAGAAACCCAGUCUGCCAACUGCUGCCGAUUGGUCGGAAUUCCUGAGCGCAUCCACCAAUGAGAAGGUUGAGAAUGAAUUUGCCCAGCUGACCCUCUCGGAUCACGAACAGAGAGAACUCUAUGAAGCUGCUAAACUUGUCCAGACCGUGUUCCGAAAAUACAAGGGUCGUCCAUUGAGAGAACAACAGGACGUGGCUGCCGCCGUCAUUCAACGCUGCUACAGAAAGUACAAACAGCUUACAUGGAUAGCCUUGAAGUAUGCACUUUAUAAAAAGAUGACACAAGCUGCAAUCCUCAUCCAGAGCAAGUUCAGAAGCUACUAUGAGCAGAAGAAAUUUCAGCAGAGCCGGCGUGCCGCGGUGCUCAUCCAGCAGUACUACCGAAGCUACAAAGAGUGCGGCCGGAUUCGGCAAAAGCGCCGGACAACUUCUCUCGUUCAACAGAAACUGAGAAGCAGUCUUCUGACGAAGAAACAGGAUCAAGCUGCUCGGAAGAUCAUGAGGUUUUUACGUCGCUGCCGUCACAGCCCUCUGGUGGACCAUAGACUGUUCAAAAGGG